UUUUUUCUGGAAAAUAAAUUAGCAACAUGGCAGAAGAUAAUAAGAAAAGAGAAAGAGGAGCUGACGACUUUGAAGACGAUUUCCAAGAAGAAGCUAUUUAUUCUGAUAAUGAGACAGUUAUUGAAGAGGAUAAUGAUACUAUUGGUUUAAAAAGAAAAGCAAACACAGAAGAACAACCUAAGAAGAAAAAGAAGAAGCAACAAAAGAAGAAGAAAGUGUCUACUAACCCAUUCGAUACCAUUGACAUUUGGAAAGAAAACACAACUGUACAAGCUGAAUAUUUAGCUGAUCGUCAAAAGAUCGCUUUGCCUGAUCUUUCCUCGGUCGAACUUGAAGAACAGCAACUGCCAGAAUCAGCUCUUGUCAAAAAUGAAAAGUUUACUCAAGAACAUGUUUUGGACGCACUAUCAAAUUAUAUCAAGUUUGGUGUAGCAGGACACAAGAAAUUGCAGAAAAAGCCAACGUCUUUGGCUUCUCCUGUUGUCUUGGUCAUCACACACUCCGCUAUUCGUUCAGUCGAGCUUGUGAGAGCACUCAAAGAAUUCUCAAAAUCAGCUAAAAUUGCAAAGCUGUUUGCUAAGCACUUUAAAAUCGAAGAACAAGUUUACUUUUUAGAACGAGAACCUAUUCACAUUGGUGUUGGUACGCCUAAUAGACUUCAAGUACUCGUGGAUCAAGGACAUUUAAAAUUGGAUAAAUUGGAAUUGGUUGUCAUAGAUACAGAGAAGAACCCAAAAAAAUUUAAUAUCUUUGAUCUUCAAGAAGUUAGAACCGAUCUCUUUAGAUUCCUUGGAUCUUACAUUGCACCUUUAAUGAAGGAAAAUAAAGCAAAAAUAGGCUUAUUUUAAUCUCUCUUAGUUGCCCACAUGCUUUGUGCUUGCUAUGUUGUGUAACAUAUUUGUGUUACACGAUGGUAUUAAGUGCUCAACCAUUCAACAAAGGCAUUACUUUAUAGAAUAUUGACAUUGUACAAUUGUUGUCGUCGAGCAUAUUACGAAUUGAUUUCAAAGCAUACCAGUAUAAUAAACCCUUUAUUAAGGACCCAAUAUCACAAAAACGCGU